GUACUGAGGAGAGAGAGAGCUAGAAAGUGGGAGGUAGUUUUGCAAACUGAAUUUCACAGGUGAGUCUUUAGGUAGUUAUGCAGCAACCUUUACAUUUCAUUGUUUUUUCCUACAUAGUAGGUACCUAGUAGGUCUUGUAUUUAUGCUGACUGAAAAUGGUGUUGCAUAUAUACCAGGAAAAAAGUAAUUUUUUUGCAAUCUUGAAUCUUGUUUUCAAAUUGCUUUGUCACAAUGGGAAGUCUGGUUUCUGCCGAGUGGUGACCUUGUGCCAGCUGCUGCCAUGAUGGGAUGGGGCAGGGAGUGGGCUGCAUGUGGGCCUCAGGUUGGACGUGCCCGUUCAGGACAUAAUGCCCUCAAUGAUAUGCUUUAGUUUUUGGUUAGCUCUGAAGUUCUCAGGCAGCUGGACCAGGUGAUCCUUGUAGGCCCCUCCCAGGUCAGCCAUAUUCUAAUGCAUGUUAAUUGCAAACCAACAUCUGCAAAAUGGACCUGGAUGUGAGGCCAUUUUCUUGACGGUUGUAGCAAAGUUAGAGAUGUUUAUGUAAAACUGUGGGCUGGUAGAAGUGACCUCGUCUCUGUAAGGCUGCAAAUAGGAAAUGAAUAGGAUGCCUGCUUCUUAAAACAUUUCAGUCAGUUUUGGUUUUCUGCACUGUAAUGAAACUGUUUCAGAAACUGCUAUUUGCAGUCCUCAAUAUUUAUCAGGUAGGUUCAAGUCACCCUCUUCAUUUCUAUGUCUUCUUAGAAAAGCCAUUUGAGUGCUGAUGUGGCCUUGAGGUGACUUGUUGUGUAACAUGGCAGUUUCUGCUGUGAACAAGUUGAAUCUUAAAGAGGUGUAAGACUGGUGCUUUUUGAUGGUUAUUACAAAUAAGUACAAAGGCUUCCUAGAGUGUGGAGGAGCUGCUUUGCUUUUUAAGACAGCAAAGAAGGUUUGUGUAGAAACAGUUUUUCCAGCAUUUCUUAAAAACUACCUGAAAAACUGGUUCAGUGUAGUGGUAAGAGAUGAGCAUUCAUGUCGGCCUUACUAAAUUGUACUGAAGGUUUCUUAAGAGUGCCUGGCUUUUCCUGAGUUCAAACACAUGAUGCUCCAUCUGAUACGUAGCAAAUCAAACUAAAAUCUUUGGUUAGAAGUGAUUAAAUGAGGAUUUCAAACAGCUGUCCAAUGACCUGCUAAUUGGAUCUGAAUGUACGCUAACCAAGUGUGCAUAGCAUAUAGAAGUUAUAAGGCGUGCCUACCAGCACAGAUCCUUAACAAGUAUGCAUAUAAGCUGACACAUCUUGCCUGAUGCAUGCAGACUAAAUCUUGAGCUAACCUGAUUGUUUUUUAGAUUUUUAAUUUUUUGCAUGAAAGACAUUGCUUUCACUGGUAUUUUAAGUAGGCCCUUCCCCAAACAACAAAAUUGCCUAAGAGCGCUCAAAGCUUUUACGUCAUUCUGUUGGCCAGCCUAACAUCAUGUAUUCUUAAUAAAUAAAAGAGAAAUACCAUGACGACUAGUUUGUUUAGUAAAAUAAAUUAUAUUUCUGGUUAUUUUUAGCAUGUAUUGUAUAGUGCAGCAAGUACUUAACUUGCAGUUGGUACUUUUGUUUUAAAAACCUUUGUUUGUAAACUUAAUUACUUGCUGAUUAACAUUGCAGAGUGAGUAUUGUCCACAAAUCUUACUUUCAGUUGAAGAAAAUCUAGGAUAACAUCCAUUUUGAAUAUGUUUCAAACUUGCAGUUGUGUGGGAGGAGGAAUUCUGUGGGAGACGGGAUGAUGUUAGUCCACUGAGCUGUUUUGCGAGUUAUGUUUCAUUUUUGGAGAUUCGUUGUUGCUACAGUAUUUAAUGUUGAGCAAGUGCCCUUUGAAUAUUUUCUUUUUUGAGUUAAUAGCCACAGAAUCAUGGAUUUCAUACUUCGGGCCUUAUUCAAGUACUGAGUGAACUUGUAUCACAUUACCAAAAUUUGGUAAAACUGAGAUCACAACUGUAAUUUUCACUGUGGCUGAAAUGUGCUUCAGUUAUUGAGACCUUUUCUUGUUGCUCUGAAACUCCUACCACUGUGUCCAGCAUCUUCAGUGGGAAAGAAGGGCUCAGGAAUUGCAGUGCAGGUUUGUUCUGGUGAACUUGAAAUAAAGCAGGGAUUUUGGAACCAAAAAGGAAGAUGUGAAAGUAAAAUGCAACUUUUCUAAUUUUUUGUAGUUGUCAUUUAAUUACUGUCAGUGUUCAGCCUUAUUUUGCAGUGGGUAGUAUUGCUUGGUUGCUAAUAUGCUGUCCUCGUCGAAAGGUAAUUUGAGGCCAGGGCAUCUCUGUAAUUACUGGAGCUUCUCAGGACUGACAGCUUAGUAAUAGUAGUCCCCAGUGAGGUAAUGUUAUGUGACUGCAUGCAGAAAUCAGUAAAAAAUGGACUGCACGACAGCAGCAACUGCUAAUUUCUUGGAUCACUGGCAAAGCUGGGAGAGCUUGUUAAGUCCCAGUGGAGAACAAGGGAGAGGCUUGGAAAAUGUUGUGAGAAUUGGUGUUUCAAAGCAGAGUCUGGUGGGUGGAACUGGAAAGCUGUUGCGGAGCAGUUGCUGCUGUAAAUGAAAGUUAAAGGGAAAAUCUCCAUUGCAACUUGAAGAGGAAAAUUUCAGUGAAACUGUGCUUCUAAGAGGAAGAGUGUCCAGGUCUCUGGGAGACUGAUAAGCUGCCUCACAGCCUACAUUACACUGGGGGUGCUUUUGGCACCUUUACAGUGAAAAAGCCUAAUAUUGUUCUGAUUUCUUUUAUGCUGUUCCUCUUCUGAGCUCAGUGUGUUGCAGGCCUCACUUUCUUCCAUCUCUGCAAUUCUGUGUUACUCAUCCUAUCUAUGUGUCUCUUUAAGCUACAUUAGGGCUAUAUUUCAUUUAGUUUUCUCUUUAAUUGUGCAGAGGUACUUGUAAGUAUAAAACUUGAUCUGCCUUCCUCCAUGCUCUCACUGUUCUGUCCACAAUUGCUUUUGCACGAAGAUAAAAGUUGCCCUUCCUAAAUGCCUGCAGGUUGCAUGGUCAGGACAACGUGCCAGAGGGAAAUAUGUCAACCAGAGAUGUAGUUCUUCCUUCAUGGCCCUCCUUAGCCUUGUCAGUAAAGAGGCAAGGCUCGGCUUUGAUAUUCUUGGUUUGAGUUGCUUUUAAAAGCUUGUUGGCCAUCUAUCUGUACAGCGAAGUGCUAUCUGACUAGUCAGUCACACCUAGUGACAGGAGACUUGAGUGCUCAUCCUUCAUGAGAGCAGCUGGAGUGAAAAUCAACUCAGAAAACAAUGGUGAAUGAUGUUAAACUCAUGCUGAAGGACAUUCUGCGGCUAUCUUCCUCUUUGAGUAAAUUGAUAAAUAGGUAGUUGAUUUUAAGAAACACUUUUGUAGUCUUGUACUAUCUGGUUUCAUGUUAGACUCCUGAAAAUGCAUGCUAAAUAUUGCUUCAAUAACUGUUUUAGCUGGCAGACAAUUAUCUAACACCAGGCUCAGUAGUAGCUCAGUUCUCUUGCUGGCUUCUCGCUUUGUCUGCACUGUAUCCCUCACUUGGGCUGCUCUGAAUUUUCUGCCAAGUCAGGAGCUUUGUUUUUAAGCAUGCUGUGACAGAAGUGGGUUAAUCAGGAGUGCUUUAAAUUUUUCAUGACAAAAUCCAUGUAGGAACUGAUGCACAGGGUUAGAAACAGCAACAAAGAUGGAAUUUCAUUUCUGACCACACUGUUUGUCCUAUCAACCUGCAAAAUUCUAUCUACUAAAAAACAGUUGCAUAAUGUUACCAUUUUUCCUGGACACGCUCAGCUCCUCCGUUCAUUCAAAUGGUUUAUGCCUAGCUCCGUGGUAAUCAUUUACUUAAUGUUGGUUCUUGCAUUCCUGUAGUCUAUGGAGAAAGUUAACGUUCCCGAACAGGUAUUUUAGUUGUUGCAUUCAACAAAACCAGUUGUAUUCUGAGUAGAUUCCUGUAUUUUAAUUUUAUGGCCUGUGACUUUAGGGUGGAAAAGCUGUCUGGGUAAAUUCCUGAUUUUUUUUUUUUUUUUUUUUUUUUUUUUUGCAGCCUGACUAGUGUCUGUGCUGAUAGCUAGGAUCAGGCUGGUAGCUGGGCUGUGACAUUGCUAGAUCUGCAGAUCUGGUGAUAUUAUACAUCAGCUUCAUUUAUCAUUAACUUGAGCAGGUCUCUGUGUUGGCUGUUGCACUUGUUUGACUUCAGUUGUGUAUCUGGGGCAGUGAAAUCAUUUUUUACCUAAGUGCUAGCUUGGUAUGAUAAUGCCAUAAGGUGCAGAACUGGACGCUAGUCAUGAUUAUCAAAUUCUGUGUUUAUUGCAAAUUCUGAAUGUAGUGUUUCAGAUCCUUGAUUAGGAAGCAGUAUGUGCAGCAGCUGAUGUUCCCAAAUAUUUUGCAGGUAUUUGAAGCAAACUGCAGUGGAAAUGCUGUUAUGUUCCUUUUUUCUUAUUACGUGAAUUGUAUUGCCCAAGACUUGAAUAUGAGCUUUAUAUAUUUGGAAAAUUAUUACACAGGAAAUGUAUUUAAUCUGAAGUAAGACACUGGGAUGAAAACCAGAGAGCUUUUAGCAGGGCUUUUAAGACAACCCAGCUGAGUUAUAACAGUAAUUUCUCCUUUUGAAAUCUGGAAACGAUAGGCAGUUCAGAUGUGCUUUCAGAAUGCAGGGGAAUCAGUCCCUUGGGCAUAUGGUGUAUGAAGUAACUUUGGAAUUCAGAUAGCAACUGUAUAACAUUCUGAAGAUGCUGCAGUGCUAUGGCGUACUGGAGACUAAGAGUGCAAUGGUUUUGCCUCUUUCUCUCAAGACUAAGUUCUGUGCAGACUGUGAGGCAGUCAUAGUGACACAUCGACGUGUUCCAAGAAGACCAUCCAGUGAAUUGCUUGGGGUUUUUUUGUUUUUUUUUUUUCCUUUCUGAAACUCUAGGAAAAUGAAUACAAAACCAGUGGAAACAGUUUUUGGUAGAUUUUUUGGUGGAAAUUUUAGGCAAGUUUCAGUCUACUCUUCUGUAGGAAGACCUCGACUUGUUGCUGAAAUGUGGUUUGUGGGUUUUUGUGUGUUGUUCUUUUGCUCGUUUGUUUUUUAGCCAUGUCAACUUGCUGGAGCACAGUCACAGCUAUGUGGAUGCUCACAUGGAGUGAGAGACAUCUCUGAGUUAAUGACCUGUAUACAUAACUGGAGGGUUGAUUCAGUUCAAGGAUCUGACAAAGAUCAUUUCAGAGCGGAAGUGUGAUGGAGUCCUACUUGUUCUUUAUAUUACUGAAUAAAUAUAAACUGGGGGGGAGGGAAACACAAGCAAACAAAACUUAGAGUAUGUAGUUAGAAAUAGAUAACUCAUUCUGAAAUGCGCUAUUUUGUGUUCUCCUACAUAGUUUGGAUAGUGCCUCAGCCCAGAAACACAUGAGAAAGCUUAGUUCAGUCAAAAGGAGACAUCUUUCUUUUAUGGCAUGGUGGAGUGGCAGGGAAGCUCAACUUCUUUUGUCUUUGAUUUCAGUGAAGUGUAUAAGGAGCAUGCAUAUCUUACAUAAGUGUUUUCAACAUUGCCUCUUCUUCACGCAUUUAGAUGGUGAUUCCAAGUAGUGUCUCCUGGGGCAGUGUGAAUGCUGCUGUAAAGUAAUAAGCGUAAAAAUAUGGUGAUGCUAGGACCUGAAGAUGUGCUGGUUUUUUUUUUUCUGGAGUGUUAACUUAUGGUCCCCUAAGACACAGCAGGCUGAAAGAAACUUUGUCUGAUGUGGUGUACAACAGUUAUGUGUACACUUCAUACAGCUACUGAUUUCUUAGCCAUUGGAGAAUUCUAAUAAGUAGCAGUGAUAAAACUGCUUAAGUUCUUUCUUUUUCAAAUGGUAUCAAAAGAAUUGUACCUCUUGCAAGAAAAUGAAUCCCUAAUCUGUUAAAUAGCCAUUAAGCUGCUUAACCUGUUUGAUGAGACCUUCCUGACUUGAAUAAAUGGCUGUUAUUUGGAGAGGGAGGCACAUGGAAACUUUUGGUAUAUAAGUAUGUUACUCUAGUACGAUUCUUACCAUCAGGAUAGUUAAUAUGUUGCCUAAAAUAAGUGUUAAAUAGCUUUAUCUGAAGGUAAGGAUACAAAGCACUGCUCUUAAGUAGAAUGACUUCACCUUAGUGAAACAGUGAAGAUGGUAUGAAAAUAAAAAUCCGGGUUGUUUAUAUUGAGAAUGAAUUUCCAACACGUUCUAGAGUUUCUAAAACAAUACUGUACUAACCUUCAGGAUGCAAAUAUAGAGCAACCCAGCUUUCGAGGAAUGUUUGGAAAGUUGGCAAACUCCUCUUUAGCCAUGCCAAAGAGAUAAAUCGUAUGCUUUGUUUGCUACAGUGUAAACGGACUGUAGUUUUGUUGGAAUGUGUUGUGCUGAACAUAGACAGUUUGAGAAGUACACCAUGAGAAUAGCAGUUUUCCUGUUGUGGUAACAUACUGUGAGGAAAUUAUGUAAACACAAACCUUGUAGUAUUGAUUUUAUUUUUUUUUUUCCAGUCCUUUGAAGAAUUAUUUUUAUUUUUAUUGUUUAUCCAGCUCAGGCACCAGUCCUGGGCAUAAACCUGAGAUCCUGAAACUGUUGCUACACAUAUUGCUGGUGACUUUUUGUGCAGGCAUUUAGCCAAAGUUCCAUAUGAAUUUAACAUGAUGAUUCAGGGUGGAAGUGGUCACAUUGGAGACAAUCUUGUAACUUCAUUAUAACCUUGUAUUAUCAAUUGUAAAAAUGACUUACGUGAGUAAAUAAAAUAUUGGUAAUACAAUAAACUUUACCUGUUUGACUGUCUGUAAUUGGAGUCAAUCACCUCUAUUACUCUUCCUGCAAGGAUUUCUGUGGCCCACGCAGUUUGUGUUCAUUAACUAGUAAUAGCACCACUAACAAUAGCAACAGCCUGCAGUUCCAUUGCGAACAAUAGCAGCAGUGAAUAAGAAUGUCUGCUGUCCAUGUCUGCAGAAAGAUUAAACCUACUUGUUGCUGCCAGUACUGAGGGAAGAAAGAUGGAUGAAAGCUUUGAAGCUAUUUACAGUUUGAAUAAAGCCCUGUUUAUGAUCACUCCUUUAGAACCACACCGCUACUCUGUCUAGUUGGUAACUAGAGCUGUAGAACAGAGUCCAGAUGAAGGAGAGUGAAACAGAAAAAAGUUAAUGAUGGCAGCAUUAAAAACCAGUGCAGCCAGGAGGUCACCGCUAAAUCUUCUGAAUUUCAAGUGUUAUGGGCCUCAAACUUGAGGAUUGCAUUUGUUUGUAAACUGCAGUCUCUUAGCUGAGAUGCAGUAACUUGGUGGAUAAGGCUCAGGUUUUAACUGAAUCUGUUACUUUCCAUGAGAACCGACCAUAAGUCGUGAAGUCAUUUGUCAAGGAGCCAUCACUUUCAGUCUUCAGUGUCUAGAACUCAGUGCCAGUGUGCAUAUCUGAAUCUAAAUUCAUCUCUGCUGUGUCAGUACUAAGUGAUAAUCUGCAGGUGGACAGCAGGUCUCUGAAAACGUUCUAUUGUAAAUAACAGUGAACACCAGGACUAGGAAUAGUUCAAGGGUAAUGCCAGCUCUGAAACUUCAUAUGUUGGUGUUCUUUGCUAUCUGUUUUCUUAUGUGUGCUCUUUAUUCGUGCAUGGGAUCCAUCCCUAGAAAUGUCACCCUUCUGCUCGACUUUUAAAAAGACUAUACAGGAAGGUGCAUUUUUUUAGCUGUACUUUAGCACUGUUGCAUCUUAGUGUUCUUACGUUAAAUAAAUCCUCAGUGCAUAUAUAGGAAAUGAGUGGUGAAACACCUCAAUUCUUAAUGUUUAUGAAACUUGCAAACUGAGCCUGCUGAAAGGCCUGUGUAGUUUUUUGCAUGAAAUACAUUAUUAGAAAUCUGAUUCAACCAGAUUGAUGUCAACCAGACACUGAAAUGUACAGCAUGUGAGGGGAUUACAUAGCCUGAACUAUCUAGACUCAGGGUGAAGAAGUAGUGUGUUGAUUGGCAUCCAAUUUUAAGUUCUGCCUCUGUUUUCUUGGAGCUGUAUCUUGACCCCAAGAGCACUGCUGCCCACUGAGCCUAAAAAUACAAGUGUACAGGCAACAUAUUUACAGCAGUUAGCUCAUUUUGGAGCUUAAAAGUGGCUACAGAUACAUGUAUUAUUUAUUCUAGUUAAAUAGUAGCUUGUGCUUCAAUGCUAAACUUAGUUUUAGAAGUACACGCUAUUUCUUGUUUUACCUAUGCUUUUUAGUGCUUGUUGUGAAGAAAUGGGCUGGCCAUGUAGAUCCCUCUCAUUCUCACAUGCUUGCUUACUAACUUCAUGCAGCUUCAAGCCCAUGAUGAUUCUUCUGCACCUACUCAGCAGCACACGUAGAGCUGGUUACUGAAAGCAUCCUGCGUGGUCAAACAGUACAUUGAGACAGCCUUAUUUUUUAUGAAAUGAAGUUUAAUUUUGAGACUAAUUUGGAGAGAACCGGGCCUUUUUGUCAUUUCUGGCUGCCUGAAUAGUGUGUACUGCUCCCUUCUAAAUUCACCAGUGAAACACUAAUUGGACUUUGAGUUCAGCAUACACACGCUUUUCAGUAGGGAAUUGCAAGUGAUUUGACACCAUGGUAGCCCUUUCCUUGAAGAUCUGUGUCCGCCAGUGCAAUGUUGUGAAGACGAUGCAGUUUGAGCCAUCUACUGCAGUGUACGAUGCCUGUAGAGUUAUUCGUGAACGAGUGCCAGAGGCUCAGAUGGGGCAAGCCUCUGACUAUGGAUUGUUCUUGUCGGAUGAAGAUCCUCGUAAAGGUAUAUGGCUGGAAGCUGGAAGAACACUGGAUUAUUACAUGCUGAGAAAUGGGGAUGUACUGGAGUACAAAAAGAAACAGAGACCUCAGAAAAUACGUAUGUUGGAUGGUUCAGUGAAAACAGUCAUGGUGGAUGAUUCCAAAACUGUUGGUGAAUUGCUUGUUACCAUUUGCAGCAGGAUAGGAAUAACAAAUUAUGAGGAAUAUUCUUUAAUCCAGGAGAGCAUUGAAGAAAAGAAAGAAGAGAGUACAGGAACACUUAAGAAAGAUAGAACGUUGUUGCGUGAUGAAAGAAAAAUGGAAAAAUUGAAGGCAAAGCUUCAUACAGAUGAUGACUUAAAUUGGCUGGAUCAUAGCCGAACGUUUAGAGAGCAAGGAGUUGAUGAAAAUGAAACACUGCUGUUGAGACGGAAGUUCUUUUACUCAGACCAGAAUGUAGAUUCAAGAGAUCCUGUUCAACUGAAUUUGCUUUAUGUUCAGGCUCGUGAUGACAUUCUGAAUGGUUCCCAUCCUGUCUCCUUUGAGAAGGCCUGUGAGUUUGGAGGCUUUCAAGCACAGAUCCAGUUUGGACCUCACGUAGAACACAAACACAAACCUGGAUUUUUAGACCUAAAAGAAUUCCUACCUAAAGAAUAUACCAAACAAAGAGGGGCUGAAAAAAGAAUAUUUCAGGAACAUAAAAACUGUGGUGAGAUGACUGAAAUAGAAGCCAAAGUAAAGUAUGUGAAGCUAGCUCGUUCCCUGCGGACCUACGGAGUGUCCUUUUUUCUUGUUAAGGAAAAAAUGAAAGGUAAAAACAAGCUGGUUCCUCGUUUGCUGGGUGUCACUAAAGACUCAGUGAUGCGUGUGGAUGAGAAGACCAAAGAAGUGUUGCAGGAAUGGCCACUGACAACUGUGAAACGCUGGGCUGCCUCACCUAAAAGCUUUACUCUGGAUUUUGGUGAAUAUCAGGAGAGCUAUUACUCAGUACAGACCACUGAAGGGGAGCAGAUCUCUCAGUUAAUUGCAGGUUAUAUUGAUAUCAUCCUGAAGAAGAAACAAAGUAAAGAUAGAUUUGGUCUUGAAGGUGAUGAGGAAUCAACCAUGUUGGAAGAAUCUGUUUCACCAAAGAAGUCUACCAUCUUACAGCAACAGUUCAACCGAGCAGGGAAGGUAGAGCAUGGCUCUGUGGCACUACCAGCUGUUAUGCGUUCAGGGUCCAGUGGCCCAGAAACUUUCAAUGUUGGCAUCAUGCCUUCUCCCCAGCAGCAGGUCACGAUUGGUCAGAUGCACAGAGGACAUAUGCCCCCACUUACUUCAGCUCAACAGGCCUUGAUGGGGACUAUUAAUACCAGCAUGCAUGCUGUUCAACAAGCUCAAGCUGACCUCAGUGAGGUUGAUAACCUACCACCUCUAGGGCAGGACAUGGCAUCAAGAGUAUGGGUUCAGAACAAGGUUGAUGAAUCAAAACAUGAAAUACACUCUCAGGUUGAUGCUAUCACUGCAGGAACUGCAUCUGUUGUUAACCUUACAGCAGGUGACCCUGUUGACACUGACUACACUGCUGUGGGAUGUGCAAUUACAACCAUCUCUUCAAACCUCACUGAGAUGUCUAAAGGUGUGAAACUGCUUGCUGCUCUCAUGGAUGAUGAAGUUGGAAGUGGAGAGGACCUCCUGAAAGCUGCUCGAACAUUGGCCAUUGCAGUCUCAGACUUGCUGAAGGCUGUUCAGCCUACUUCAGGAGAGCCUCGACAGACAGUUUUGACUGCAGCUGGAAGCAUUGGGCAAGCCAGUGGAGAGCUACUGAGACAGAUUGGAGAGAAUGAAACAGAUGAAAGGUUCCAGGAUGUUCUGAUGAGUCUGGCCAAAGCUGUUGCAAAUGCUGCUGCUAUGUUAGUGUUGAAGGCCAAGAACGUAGCACAGGUUGCUGAAGAUACAGUCCUGCAGAACAGAGUGAUUGCUGCUGCUACACAGUGUGCACUCUCUACUUCUCAGCUAGUGGCUUGUGCUAAGGUUGUGAGUCCUACCAUCAGCUCUCCAGUAUGCCAGGAACAGCUGAUCGAGGCAGGAAAACUGGUGGACCGUUCAGUGGAGAACUGUGUGAGGGCCUGCCAGGCUGCCACAGAUGACACUGAGUUACUGAAGCAGGUCAGUGCAGCUGCCAGCAUUGUCAGCCAAGCCCUGAAUGACCUCUUGCAGCAUGUCCGCCAGUUUGCAAGCAGGGGAGAGCCUAUUGGACGCUAUGAUCAGGCCACAGAUACCAUCAUGUGUGUCACGGAGAGUAUUUUCAGUUCAAUGGGGGAUGCUGGUGAAAUGGUACGGCAGGCCAGGGUGUUGGCUCAAGCAACUUCAGAUCUCGUCAAUGCAAUGAGGUCAGAUGCUGAAGCAGAAAUUGACAUGGAAAACUCAAAGAAGCUCCUAGCAGCUGCAAAGCUCCUUGCAGAUUCUACAGCCCGCAUGGUUGAAGCUGCAAAGGGAGCUGCAGCCAAUCCUGAAAAUGAGGAUCAACAGCAGCGUCUGCGAGAAGCAGCGGAGGGACUGCGGGUGGCUACAAAUGCUGCUGCACAAAACGCCAUCAAGAAGAAAAUUGUCAACAGAUUAGAGAUUGCAGCUAAACAAGCUGCAGCUGCUGCUACUCAGACUAUUGCAGCUUCUCAGAACGCAGCUGUUUCAAAUAAGAACACUGCAGCCCAUCAGCAACUUGUGCAGAGCUGUAAGAAUGUUGCAGACCACAUUCCUCAGUUGGUGCAAGGUGUGAGAGGAAGUCAGGCUCAGGCAGAAGACCUCAGUGCACAGCUUGCUCUGAUAAACUCCAGCCAGAACUUCCUUCAGCCUGGAAGUAAAAUGGUGGCAUCUGCUAAAGCUGCAGUACCUACUGUGACUGAUCAAGCAGCAGCCAUGCAGCUAAGUCAGUGUGCGAAGAACCUUGCCACCAGCUUAGCUGAGCUACGGACUGCCUCCCAGAAGGCUCAUGAAGCAUGUGGCCCAAUGGAAAUCGAUUCUGCUUUAAAUACGGUCCAGACCCUCAAAAGUGAACUGCAAGAUGCAAAGAUGGCAGCUGUGGAUGGACAGUUAAAGCCUCUUCCAGGAGAAACUCUCGAGAAAUGUGCUCAGGAUCUGGGAAGUACAUCCAAAGCAGUUGGUUCAUCGAUGGCCCAGUUACUAACUUGUGCUGCUCAAGGCAACGAGCACUACACAGGAGUUGCUGCCAGAGAAACUGCUCAGGCUUUGAAGACAUUGGCUCAGGCAGCACGAGGGGUUGCAGCAUCAACUACUGACCCUGUAGCAGCACAUGCAAUGUUGGAUUCAGCAAGGGAUGUCAUGGAAGGCUCUGCUAUGCUUAUUCAGGAGGCAAAGCAGGCCCUGGCUGCACCAGGAGAUGCAGACAGUCAGCAGAGAUUAGCCCAGGUGGCAAAAGCAGUGUCUCACUCACUGAAUAACUGUGUGAAUUGUCUACCUGGACAAAAGGAUGUUGACGUGGCUUUGAAGAGUAUUGGGGAGUCUAGCAAGAAGCUCCUUGUUGAUUUGCUACCUCCAAGUUCUAAGUCAUUUCAAGAAGCUCAGAGUGAGCUGAACCAGGCAGCAGCAGAUUUGAAUCAGUCAGCGGGAGAAGUUGUCCAUGCGACACGGGGCCAAAGUGGGGAACUGGCUGCAGCAUCUGGAAAAUUCAGUGAUGAUUUCGAUGAAUUUCUUGAUGCUGGUAUUGAAAUGGCUGGCCAAGCUCAAACGAAAGAAGACCAGAUUCAAGUAAUAGGUAACCUCAAGAGCAUCUCUAUGGCUUCCAGCAAGCUCUUACUGGCUGCCAAGUCUCUGUCUGUUGAUCCUGGAGCUCCUAAUGCCAAGAACCUAUUAGCGGCAGCAGCCAGAGCUGUGACUGAGAGCAUAAACCAGCUCAUCACGCUGUGCACCCAGCAGGCUCCCGGGCAGAAGGAAUGUGACAAUGCACUCAGAGAACUGGAGACAGUGAAGGGAAUGCUGGAUAACCCCAAUGAGCCUGUGAGCGACCUCUCAUAUUUUGAUUGUAUUGAAGGCGUAAUGGAAAACUCAAAGGCUCUUGGAGAAUCUAUGGCAGGCAUUUCCCAGAAUGCAAAAACCGGGGAUCUUUUGGUCUUUGGAGAAUGCGUUGGAGUUGCAUCCAAGGCUCUUUGCGGCCUCACAGAGGCAGCAGCUCAGGCUGCUUACCUGGUUGGCAUUUCAGAUCCCAACAGUCAGGCAGGUCAGCAGGGUCUUGUUGACCCAAUUCAAUUUGCCAGAGCCAAUCAAGCAAUCCAGAUGGCUUGCCAGAAUUUGGUAGAUCCAGCGAGCAGCCCAUCACAGGUAUUGUCAGCUGCCACAAUUGUGGCCAAACAUACUUCUGCUCUGUGCAAUGCUUGUCGCAUUGCUUCAUCAAAGACAGCAAAUCCUGUUGCCAAGAGACACUUUGUGCAAUCUGCCAAGGAAGUUGCAAACAGCACCGCUAACCUCGUUAAGACUAUCAAGGCCCUGGAUGGUGAUUUCUCUGAAGAGAACCGCAACAAGUGCAGAAUUGCUACCGCACCGUUGAUAGAGGCUGUGGAAAACCUGACAGCAUUUGCUUCAAAUCCAGAAUUCGUCAGCAUCCCAGCACAGAUCAGCACUGAGGGAUCACGAGCACAGGAGCCAAUUCUAGUUUCUGCUAAAACAAUGUUGGAGAGCUCAUCUUUAUUGAUUAAAACAGCUCGUUCUCUGGCAAUCAAUCCAAAAGACCCUCCUACGUGGUCAGUGCUAGCUGGGCAUUCCCAUACUGUCUCAGAUUCUAUUAAGAGUCUUAUCACCUCUAUCAGGGAUAAGGCCCCAGGCCAGAGAGAAUGUGAUUACUCUAUAGAUGGGAUCAACAGAUGCAUCAGAGACAUUGAGCAGGCCUCACUUGCGGCCGUCAGUCAGAGUCUGGCCACCAGAGAUGACAUCUCAGUUGAGGCUCUACAGGAGCAGCUGACAUCAGUCGUUCAGGAAAUUGGCCAUCUUAUUGAUCCAAUAGCAACCGCAGCUCGGGGAGAGGCAGCACAGCUUGGGCACAAGGUUACGCAGCUGGCAAGUUACUUUGAACCCUUGGUAUUAGCUGCAGUUGGUGUAGCAUCCAAAACUCUGGAUCAUCAGCAACAAAUGACAGUGUUGGACCAGAGCAAGACAUUAGCAGAGUCUGCCUUACAGAUGUUGUAUGCAGCCAAAGAAGGAGGAGGAAAUCCCAAGGCAUCACAUACUCAUGAUGCAAUUACUGAGGCAGCUCAACUAAUGAAAGAGGCUGUGGAUGAUAUCAUGGUUACCUUAAAUGAAGCUGCUAGUGAAGUAGGCAUGGUUGGAGGUAUGGUAGAUUCGAUAACAGAGGCAAUGAGCAAGCUGGAUGAAAGUACACCUGCAGAUCCCAAGGGGACAUUUGUUGAUUAUCAGACCACUGUGGUGAAAUACUCUAAAGCCAUUGCCAUUACAGCACAGGAAAUGAUGACUAAGUCGGUUACUAACCCAGAAGAGUUGGGAGGACUUGCAUCACAAAUGACCAAUGACUAUGGGCAUUUGGCUCUCCAGGGCCGAAUGGCUGCAGCUACUGCUGAACCAGAGGAGAUAGGGUUCCAGAUCAAGACUCGGGUGCAAGAACUUGGUCACGGCUGUAUCUUUCUCGUGCAAAAAGCUGGAGCUCUUCAGAUUUGCCCUACAGACAGUUACACCAAAAGGGAACUGAUAGAAUGUGCUCGUGCUGUGACUGAAAAGGUCUCCUUAGUUUUAUCUGCCCUUCAAGCAGGAAACAAAGGCACACAAGCUUGUAUUACUGCAGCCAGCGCUGUGUCUGGGAUAAUUGCAGAUCUAGACACAACUAUCAUGUUUGCCACUGCUGGAACCCUUAAUGCUGAAAACAACGAAUCAUUUGCAGACCACAGGGAAAAUAUCCUGAAAACAGCAAAAGCCUUAGUUGAAGACACAAAGUUGUUGGUUUCCGGUGCUGCUUCAAGUCAGGACAAACUGGCUCAAGCGGCUCAGUCAUCAGCUAACACCAUCACUCAGCUUGCUGAGGUAGUGAAACUGGGAGCAGCUAGCUUGGGAUCAGAUGAUCCUGAAACACAGGUUGUCCUGAUCAAUGCUAUCAAGGAUGUUGCAAAGGCCCUUUCUGACCUCAUUGGUGCUACAAAAGGAGCUGCUAGCAAGCCAGCAGAUGACCCAUCCAUGUACCAGCUGAAGGGGGCUGCCAAGGUGAUGGUAACAAAUGUCACAUCACUUUUGAAGACUGUUAAAGCAGUAGAAGAUGAAGCAACUCGAGGGACGAGAGCUCUUGAGGCCACAAUUGAGUACAUCAAACAGGAACUCACGGUGUUUCAGUCAAAUGAGGUUCCAGAAAAGACAUCAUCACCUGAAGAAUCAAUCCGGAUGACGAAAGGAAUCACCAUGGCAACAGCCAAAGCUGUGGCAGCUGGGAACUCUUGCAGGCAGGAGGAUGUGAUUGCUACAGCAAAUCUGAGCCGCAAAGCAGUAGCUGACAUGCUAACAGCUUGUAAGCAAGCAUCGUAUCACCAGGAGGUGAGUGAAGAAGUUCGAGAGAGAGCCCUGCGCUUUGGAACAGAAUGUACGCUGGGAUACCUGGAACUCCUGGAACAUGUUCUCCUGAUCCUUCAAAAACCAACUCCAGAGCUAAAGCAUCAGUUGGCUGCUUUCUCCAAGCGGGUUGCCAGUGCUGUUACAGAGCUUAUUCAGUCAGCAGAAGCUAUGAAGGGGACAGAGUGGGUGGAUCCAGAAGACCCAACAGUCAUUGCAGAGACAGAGCUACUCGGAGCUGCAGCGUCAAUUGAGGCUGCAGCAAAGAAGUUAGAGCAGCUGAAACCAAGAGCCAAGCCAAAGCAAGCAGAUGAGACUCUGGAUUUUGAAGAACAGAUCUUGGAAGCAGCUAAAUCCAUUGCAGCUGCUACCAGCGCCCUUGUGAAGUCAGCUUCAGCAGCACAGAGAGAACUGGUGGCACAGGGAAAGGUUGGAGCAAUCCCUGCAAAUGCAGCUGAUGAUGGACAGUGGUCUCAGGGACUUAUUUCCGCUGCCCGAAUGGUGGCAGCUGCAACCAGCAAUCUUUGUGAAGCGGCUAAUGCUUCAGUACAAGGCCAUGCUAGUGAAGAGAAGCUCAUCUCAUCUGCAAAACAAGUCGCAGCUUCUACAGCACAAUUGCUUGUGGCUUGCAAAGUAAAGGCUGAUCAUGACUCUGAAGCCAUGAGGAGGCUACAGGCUGCGGGGAAUGCUGUCAAGCGAGCAUCAGACAAUCUUGUCAGGGCAGCCCAAAAAGCAGCAUUUGGAAAAGCAGAAGAUGAUGACGUUGUAGUCAAAACAAAGUUUGUGGGUGGCAUUGCUCAGAUCAUUGCAGCCCAAGAAGAAAUGCUGAAGAAGGAAAGAGAGCUGGAAGAGGCAAGGAAAAAACUUGCUCAGAUCCGCCAACAGCAAUAUAAAUUUCUCCCCACAGAGCUGAGAGAAGAUGAGGGUUAGCCUGCUGAGAUUUUCUUCUUGCCUUUUUUCCUUUAUUCCUUUUUUUAAAAAAAAUUCCUUUUAAAGAAAUAAGCUAAGGGGGGACAGUAUAGCGAGAACUGGUCUGACAACAUUCUGGUAUGUCAAGCACUUACCUAAAUAAACUGCCUAUCACAGCUUUGGAUGAACAGAGAGCAAUAACCACUUGUUCUUUGUCAUCUGGGAGUGCAUUCUGUGAUGAUCAAGUAAUGGUACAGUAUUAAGUUCAUUCCUGUUCCUUCCUGGACUUACAUCUCAGAAGAGAAUCUUUACUGAAUAUUUUAAAUCAGUAUUAUUGUCACUUUCUUGAUGCUUGACACAUUUAUUGUUCUUUGACUUGAUAUAAACCAUUCAUAAUAUUAGUAGGAAACAGUCAAGAAAUCAUGCCUGUGAUAAAUACCACAUGAGAUGGUGGCUCUCCCCCACCCACCCUUGUAAUAAGAAGACCAAGACAGAAAAGGAUGUAUGUCUGAGUGGGUAAGAUGCACAAGUGCGGUUUUGAAGAAAAUGCCUGGCCUGUCUGUUAUGUAACUAGUUCAUCCCAAAACUGGAGGAAUUCUCUGCACCUGUUUGCACUAGUAUUAUUACUCCUUACCUGAUAGCAACAGGCUUCUGCUUGUACAGUAUUGUGGUUCACAAAAUGUGGCAAUAGCCAUUUUUUAAAGAGCGCAGAAAACAAAGAAAUGGAAACCUUGUCACUGCCUCAAUAAUAGCAGGUUCAUGAAGGAAAAUGCUGUUCCAAUUAUAUACCUCUAAUGUGUGACUACUUUUACAGUAUUAUACACACAUACACAUGCUCUCACAUUGGACUGAGUAGUUUGUGUUUUGUUUUCUAGUUUAAAUUAUCUGGUUUGUACUGUGGGAUUUCUGUUAGAAUGUAUGCUAGUUAAAAAAGGGAAAUACCCAGUACAACAGAAGACUAUCACAACUCUUGCUAUUCUUCUAAUAAUUUCAUUUGUAAUUAUUUUAUUUUGAAACCUGUGGGUAUUGUAGGAGAAAAGAAUAAGUGAUUUACAAGUAGACCUUUCUUGUAAUAUAAAAAAUAAAAUUUUGGACUCCAGGGAGUUUAUUUUCAUACUUGGAAUUGAUGAAAAUGUACUCACCAAAGAAUUGCAGAGAAGGAAUAGCAGCAGUCUAAGCAGCUGCAGAAAGGUACUGUAUGUUCUCAAUAUCUCUGUUGUGACCUAAACAAUAGCAACAUGGGUAGAGUGAGUAAAAACAUUUUAUCCUGUCAGAGAAAGAACACAAACUACAGCAACUUUAAGUAACAAAAGCUAAACUAUUUGAGUAACUACAGAACCACCAUUUUUCCUAAGAACAAUUUCCAAUGUACCUCUGUUCAAGUCCUCUUAAAAAAAAAAAGUCUAUUUUAGGUCAAAGGUGUUGCUGCUACAGUGCUUCUGAAGGCUGUGCUGUCUUUAGAUACCUGUUACAUACCUCCAACUGAGCCUAUUAUGUUAUGAGCAUACUCACCUAGUCAAUAUUGCAGAAAUACUUGUCUUGUAGACUCAGAAGUAACUCCUAGUGAUAUGUUUAUGGGUUUAGAUAGUGCUAACUCUUCAUUUAAGUUACUUGCAUGACAUAUAAUUACCAAGAAUUUUGUCACACUAGUGUUAAAUAUAUAGGAAACAUGAUUACAGAAUUAGUAAGUAUUAGUGUGUAUGAAGAUUUUCUUUUUUGUCAGAGUCUCUUCUCUGGUACUGAAAUAUUUCAGAUUCAAUUGAAUUGUUGGAGAAUCUACACUGAGAGGGGAGGGGAAGAAGGUAGAUCCCAGAUAGAACUGCUGGCAUUGACAGAUGUGCUGUGAAGUGUAGGCUUGUGUCCAUAUGCAAACCCUUACUAUCAGACACAGGCAAUUCUGAGUUCUGCGAUUUCCAAUUCAGCACAAUUGAUAUUUUUUUCUUUCAACUGUUACACAGGGAAUUCAGUGAGUAGUGUCACAGAAUCUUAGGCAUAAAGUUAAAUCAGUUUUAUAUUUCUAAGGUCUAAAUUAAAGACAGCUCCAGGUGACAGGGAUUUUCUGCUGCUGCUGGUAGGUCAAGCUUCUUUGCAGUUUAUGGCUCUUUCUUUUUUUAAAUUCAGGUAGCCUCACAUUCCCAUCUCUAUUUUUGGAUAGAUCUUCCAGACAGAUUUGUUACUGCUCCUCUUUCAAGCUGCGUUUGACCUAUUUAGUCUCAUCAAAGCAAGAAGAAAGAUGAUGCUGUUCUUAGUACCAUGACAGUAUUUUUACUGUAGGUAUAUAUAAUAAUGCUGUAAUAUAUUUUGAUCAGUAUGGUAUUUGCCAGUUUGAAAGAAGCCAAAAUCCUGGUUAAAUGCAACUAUGUGUGGAAAUUGCAUAGCUAGGAUAUUUUAUCAUAAUGUGGAUGGGAAGAGCAUGCUCUAAUUGUGUACCAGAUAAAGGUGUUUGGAAAGUCCAUUUCAGCACAGUUGUUUUGAGGCCUAUCUGAUUCAGAUUUAGUAAUCCCUCUUAUCUGACAAGGAAGUAUUAUUCUUUUUUCUCCUUAGAUAUGUGCUCCACAGAGGAAGUCAGCUAAGUAGCUGAACUUCAACAGCUCAAUGAGUGGUUUUUUUUACUGUGAACUUUGGGUCUUGAUCUGGGAAACAUUCAGUGAAAAUAAGCCUAUCUGAAAACUUUCUAUUUCAAUGUAUUCUUGCAGUUAUAAUUUGCAGUACCACUGAAGUCCAGAUGUGCACAUCUGUGGAGUUUGGAACUAGUCCGUGCGUUUGUUUGGCAUGGAAACUUGCAGCAGGAAGUGACAAGUUGGGGUAAGGGAUGAAGGUUAGUUAAUAAGGAAGGCAGAUGUUUACUUUGUGCUGUUAACUUGUGAAAUGAUAAAUGGGCUCUGUUGUAUCUCACCCUUCUUCAUGUGGAUUUCACUUUAAGAAAUUGUAUGCAAAUUAAAAGCGAAAUGCCUCAAA